CUCGUCCUCACCUUCGUCGUCGGCUACUUGUCCAUCAUCUUCGAGGAGACGCUCGACGUCAACAAGAGCGCCAUUGCCAUCGCCAUGGGGAUGAUGUGCUGGUGCCUUGUGGGGCACGCGACAGGCCUCGGCAGCGAGCAGGUUUUGAAAGCUCUUUCGGAAUCAUUCAGCGGCGUCAGUCAGAUUGUUUUCUUCCUCAUCGGAGCAAUGACGAUCGUAGAGACAAUUGAUGCGCACAAAGGUUUCUCCAUCGUUACCGAGAAGAUUCAAACCAACGACAAGCGCCUCCUUGCUGUGAUUGUUUCUUUCGUCACAUUCUUCAUGAGCUCAGUCCUUGACAACCUCACGACCACAAUCGUCAUGUGCUCUGUCCUCGGAAAACUCCUUCCUCCCAACGAGAAGGAGACUCGUCGGCUUCUCGGAGGUCUUGCUGUGAUCGCAGCAAAUGCAGGAGGAGCAUGUAAAGCUUUCCUCCCCUGCUCGUCUCUAACCUACCUCUUCCUUCCCCCUCCUCACUCUCCGCCUGCUCCUGCUAUCAUAGUAAUCUUCUUCUUCCUGCCCCUGCUUUAUUUCCUUGUUCUGUUCCUCUUCCUUCUUCACCUCUCUUCUCUCUUCUCUCUUCUCUCUUCUCUCUUCUCUCUUCUCUCUUCUCUCUUCUCAAAAAAGGCAGUUGGGGUCGGAGGUCUGCUCUUCGUUCCUGUGUUCAAGACCCUCUCCCACCUUCCUCCAUUCGCUGGAAUGCUCCUCGCCACAUCUGCUGUGUGGGCCAUCACCGACAGACUACAUGGAAACGACAGGCCGGAGCUCAAAGUCCCCGAGGCUCUGCGACGAAUCGACAUGUCUGGCGCGAUCUUCUUCCUCGGCAUUCUCAUGGCUGUCUCGGCGCUUGAGAGCGCAGGAGUUCUCGUCAAGGUCGCUCAGCUUCUUGGCCAAGUCGUUCCAGACAACAACAUCGUCGCCAUGAUCAUCGGGGUUGUCUCUGCGGUCAUCGACAACGUACCUCUCGUCGCUGCAGCCAUGGGCAUGUACGAUCUCUCCAUCAUCCCGACCGACAGUCAGUUCUGGGACCUCAUAGCAUUCUCUGACAUCCAGCUGGCAGGCACUGGAGGCUCCAUGCUUGUCAUAGGGAGCGCAGCCGGCAUCGCUUUCAUGGGCAUGGAGAACAUCUCCUUCCUCUGGUACCUCAAGAAGAUCGCACCGGGUGCUGCCAUGGGAUACGUUGCUGGAAUCAUCACCCUCCUCAUCCAGACAAAGUAA